AUGUCAUCUUAUAAAUCACAUGCUGAUAUCAACCCAGAGAUGGGAGCCUUUGGACUCAAUUUAGACCCCGCAGGUCGGCAGCAUGUACGAGAACAUGAAGUCUUCAUCAUGCUGCCGUUGGGAAUGAGUCUCAGGAGUUUGCAAGAAUUGCAGCAGGGCAAUGUCUUCCAGGAGACUCUCGUCACGUCCGCCCUCGACCAAACAUUACUAGGGUUUAACUACUUGCAUGAUGCUGAUGUGAUCCAUACUGCACGAAAGUUCAUCGACGAAACCGUCAUUCAUGUCUCGCAAUAUAUGUUGGGAGGUGCUGGCUCCCUCACAAUCUGCGAUCCUGGACAGGCACGCAUCGGUAAGGUGCAUGGAGGCAUCGCCAUGCCGCCGCCAUAUCGUGCUCCCGAGGUCAUUCUCGGUAUGACCUGGGGUAACUCUUUGGAUGUUUCGAGGGUGGGACUCUUGACCUGGGACCUUUUGCACCAGAAAGGCAUCUUCCGUGUGUACAACCAAUCUGAAGAUCUCAAUGAUGCUCAUCAUUUAGCGGCUAUGACUGUGCUCCUAGGGCCGCCGCCGGAUGGUAGAUGGCACGGCCUUGUUCCCCUCCCUUCUGAGGGUGAACUCAAAUCCCUGGACACAAACUUGUCUGGAGAGGAUAGAGAUAACUUCCUUGACCUUUUGGCCUGCGUGCUUACCUGGCUCCCAGAGGAUUGGUUAAACAGUCCCGAGGCAUAUUUUCAUCCCUGGCUAAGAGGAGAAGGUGGUGUUGAAAGAUAA